AUGGCUAGCGGGACGGAUAAUGACAGCGUGCGCGGCGCUCGGCGUUUAGAGCGCGUUAAACUCAGGCGUUCGAAUGUAAUAGCACAGAUUAAGGCCGUGCAUGAGCUAGCGUUACGAGUUGUAGAUGAACCCGACCUAGGUCCGACAUUUACACAUUUAACCGCCGAUUUAGAUUCUUUGUGGACGCAGUUUAGGCUUGAAGAUGAUGCGGUGUUAGACGGCUUAACCGAGUUAGAUAGAUUGUCCGAGUAUGAUAUCGGUUUGACAGCUGAAAUCCGUAAAUGUAUUAGUGAUUGCAAGGUCGCGGCGGCGAAAUUAGUUCCUAAGGGUGUUGAGGCUAUCGACAUGUCGUACCUUCAUGCUAAGUUAGGAUCGUCCAAUUCUCCUCAGGAAAGUGACCAAAAUCCGUUAUCACGACUACCGGCAAUUCCGCUCCCCGAGUUCGACGGGGAUUUCCGUUUGUGGCCCACUUUCCGCGAUAGAUUUAAAGAACAAGUAGACGCGCGACUCGAGCUUUCCAACAUUGAUAAGAUGUAUUAUUUAAUCAGGUGUCUUACGGGUGAAGCAGCUGACGCAAUACGUGGUGUUCCGGUAUCCGGGGACAAUUAUGUUCUUGCAUUGUCCCUCCUGUCCGAGCGAUUUUAUCGACCACGACUAGUCACCACGUCGUUACUUGAUCGAUUGCUAAGCGCGCCGACCAUGUCGCAGGAGUCGUUGCAGGAUCUUAAUAAUUUUGUAGGUACAGUUAACGAAAGUAUUUCGCUAUUGGAAGCACUAAAAGUACCGAAUUUGGGGUCCUUCAUUUUAUUUACAAUUGUUUUUAGAUGUUUACCUGUUGCUACACGCAAAUUAUUCGAGUCAGGUAGCUCGACAGAUUAUCCGUCUAUAGUUGAUUUAUUAAAAUUCGUUCGCGCACGCGUGUCUAUAUUGGAGAACGUCGCUAACGCGGGAACAAUUCGUAACAUGGCCGCGCAUGUUAAGGUGGAAAAGCCACCAAGUACGUUCCGUAAGAAUGGGGAUCACUACGGGAAAUCAAAAGGGUCCCGUCCGGUUUCAUUUGUGACAGCGAAAGAAGACGGAAAUUGUCCGUGUUGUGCCGGUGCACAUUCGUUAACCGCGUGUAUGAGAUUUAAGUCAUGGGCGGCCGGAAACCGAACGCGGUGGGCGCGAGAGAAUCGCGUUUGUUUUAAUUGUUUGAGCGUUGGUCACUGGGUCCCGAAAUGCAAGGUAAAACCUAAUUGCCAAGAAUGUUCGCGUAAACAUCACACACUUCUACAUUUACCGUCCGACGAGCGAGAGGGUGAGGAGGAACCGCCGGUACGGGUCGAUUCGUCUGUGUGUGCGUCUGUGGUGAGGCCCCCGUCCCCCCAUACAUCUAAUGCCAUUAUUUUGGGUACCACGCUCGUGCAUAUACGGGAUAGGUCCGGCGCGGUGCAAACAAUGCGGGCGCUGGUUGAUAGCGCGUCGCAAGUUAGCAUAAUCACUGCCGCGUGUGUUAAGCGAUUAGGAUUGAAACCGGCGCGUUGGACGGCACCGAUAAGCGGUUUGUCUGGAACAACUGUCGCCGAAGUUCAAGGGCGUGUAGAAUGUAUAGUGCAACCUAGGUUUGCGUCCGAUCCGGUGCUGCCUGUUCAGGCUUGGGUGUUGCCUACCAUAACAAGCGACUUACCGCAAAAAUCGUUAGCCGCGUGUGUGAAAGACCGGUAUUCUAACCUAGCACUCGCGGAUCCAUCAUUUUAUUUAACUUCGCCCAUUGACUUAUUAUUAGGAGGGGACGUAUACGGGUCUAUAAUGGACGGGCGGAAAGUGUCGAUCGACGACACAUUACCGACAGCAUUUAGUUCGGUGUUUGGCUGGAUACUUAUCGGUCCGGUCGUUGACCCGGUUAGCUAUUCUUAUCAGUCGUUACCUAUCUGUAUGACCGCGUCUAUUGAGGGGAUAAUGGAGCGCUUUUGGCACGUCGAGGAACCCGAAAUAGCGCCCGUCACGUUCACAAAUGAAGGGUGUUGUGAACAAAUAUUUCGCGAUGAAAUGACGCGCAUGCCAUCGGGUCGCUUUGCGGUCCCAUUACCAUUUCGUGGACCGGCAGACACAUACGUGGGGUCUCGCGAGGUAGCCGUGCGGCGUUUCGAAGCGCUUGAGCGCAAAUUGUCCGCGAAUCCAUUGUUGAAAUCAUUGUAUGUAAAGUUUAUGUCCGAGUAUAUCGCGUUAGGACAUAUGUCGGUGACAACAUCUCCGGGGCGAUAUAUAAUCCCUCAUCAUGCUGUCUAUCGCCCGGAAGUUGAUCUUAAUAAAAUUCGAGUUGUGUUUGACGCGUCAGCCCGGGGCUUCCGCGGAAAGUCGUUAAAUGAAUGUUUGUGGUCUGGUCCUAAAUUGCAGCAGGACAUUGUGGACGUCUUGACACGUUUUCGCGUACAUAAGUACACCUUUACCACGGGCAUCUGUAAGAUGUACCGACAAAUCUUAAUUCUACCCAAGUAUCGAAAGUUCCAACAUGUGUUGUGGCGCGCAUCGCCUCACGAUGAAUUGCGUGAGUAUGAGCUACACACCGUCACGUACGGCGUUAACUGUGCCCCGUAUCUCGCAUUACGCGUUCUUAAAGUAAUUGCGUCUACCGACUGCGACGGGUUUGACCGGGUACGUAACGCGCUCGAAUAUCAAACUUACGUCGACGAUAUUUGUGACGGGGCCGAUACGAUACCCGACGUACUGAAACUUCAGUCGGAUUUAAUUUCAGUUUUGGGUAAGUCGGGGCUAGAACUUAAAAAGUGGGCGUCAAACACGCGGGCCGUGUUGCAGGCUGUACCAGCCGCCGAUUGCGUGGGCGCACCUAUGACGUUCGGGGAUGACGACGGUUACGGCACUAAAGUUUUAGGCCUAGCUUGGCACCCUGACAGUGAUUAUUUCUGUUGUGCCCUAAGUCUCGAACCGUCACCCGUUUUUACAAAACGCGGAAUCUUAUCUCUUGUCGCACGCAUUUUCGACCCGUUAGGUGUUUUUGGUCCCGUAGUGUUUCUGGCAAUCCAUAAUGCAGCGGACGUGGCGAAAUAA